GAGAAAACGAGAAUCUCAUUCUUCUUUCUUUCUUCACACACCUCACACACAUACACAAACACAGUCAUCAUCCAUCUGAGAGAGAGAAUCAGAAUUAGGGAAAGAAAGAAAGAUGAGCGAAGAGGCGAAGAAGCACAACGUAGGAGGAGGAGGAGCAUCUCUAAUGGCGAAAUCCCUCUCCGAAGAUCGAAAGCCACUGAAUCCAUCUCCACUCUCUGCAUCUACUUCUCCUUUACCACCCGCACCCAAAAAAGUCAUAAUCAAGAGCGCUGAUAUGCUUCCUGACAUGCAGAAAGAAGCCGUUGAUAUCGCCGUCGUCGCAUUUGAGAGGAACAGCGUGGAGAAAGAUGUUGCAGAGACUAUAAAGAAAGAGUUUGACAAAAGGCAUGGUCCUACUUGGCAUUGCAUCGUCGGUCGCAAUUUCGGUUCAUAUGUGACUCAUGAAACAAACCACUUCGUUUAUUUCUAUUUGGAUCAGAAAGCUGUUUUACUUUUCAAGUCUGGCUAGCCUUAUUCUGAUGGAGACAAAAAAGUUGACAGCUACGAGAAUUGUCUUGUGAUUAUGCUGCUAUAUUAGCUCUUGUAUGUAUUAAAUCCACUGGCACAAACUCUUUACAAGACAUUCUUGUGCUUGUAUAUCUAAUUUCAUGCAAACUGGUUCUCAAGUUUGGAUAUGAAUUAAAUUGUUGAUCUU